GCAGCUGGCGGCGGCGAGUGUCAGCGGCUGGCUGUCAUGGAGGCAUCAGCUGGGGUCGGAUAGCUGCCAGACUUUGCUGAGAACCAUCGAUUCUCAGAGGCAAUGGCAACGGCCUUAACGACAGCGAUCCCGUCAAGGGAUGCUGUGAGAAUUAAAGUCAUCCAGCACAGUCAGUGUGAGGUGGACUCUCAGUGUUGCCGGUUCAGCGUGGAUCCGGAGCUGACUGGCUAUGAGGUGCUCAGGAACUUGAUUGCUCGUGCUUUUGAUCUCAAAGGAGACUAUCAGACAUGUUACUUGGCUCGUGAUGACCGCUUCCCCGAGGCCUGCUGGGUCCCUUUGCUCUCCGAUUUUGAUUUGGAGAUGGCGUUUGUUAAAUCUGCAGACCCUUACCUGCUUGUGAAGGUUGACUUAAUGUCUUCCAAUGGCACUUGGGAGGCUGUCACUAACAUGGACAUCCCCAAGCUCUCUCUGCCUGAUCUGCCAAAGAAUAACUACUCUGUUAAGCUGCCAGGACUCUUCAAAGAAAAGAUGGAGAAAACACUGUCAGCAGUCCAGAAGGUGUUAAGUUGGAAUGAGGAGGGUGAGGAAACCAUACGGCCAGCCAGACCUCCUCUUACUGAUGCAGAGUUCCAGCAGAUGCUUAACGGUGUGGGGCAGCUCGCUCACCCCAAGGAGCUGCGGCUCUGUGUCUACCUAGGAGGCCUUGAACCUUCCCUCAGGAAAGUUGUCUGGAAGCACCUGCUCAACGUGUACCCAGAAGGCCUUACUGGGCGAGAGAGACUAGACUACAUGAAGCUAAAGACCAAAGAGUAUGAGGGUCUGAAAGCCACGUGGCAGGAACACCUGCAGAAUGAAGAGCUGUUGAGUGAGGAAGUGAAGUAUGUGACUAACAUGGUGCGUAAGGAUGUCCUUCGGACUGACCGUCACCACCCUUACUUCAGCGGCCCCGACGACAACACCAACAUUCAGAGUCUUUCAAACAUCCUAACUACGUAUGCCCUACACCACCCCUCUGUUGGGUACUGCCAGGGCAUGAGUGACUUGGCCUCCCCUCUGCUGGUUACUAUGAGGGACGAGGCUCAGGCCUACGUGUGCUUCUGUGCACUCAUGGCUCGUGUCCACUCCAACUUCCAUAUUGAUGGUGUGGCCAUGACCCUCAAGUUUCAGCACCUCACUGAAGCACUCAUAUUCUAUGAUGAGGAAUACUACGCUUACCUCCGCCUACAUCAGGCUGAUGACUUGCUCUUCUGUUACCGCUGGUUGUUGCUGGAGCUAAAACGAGAGUUUGCUUUUGAUGAUGCCUUGCACAUGCUAGAAGUGCUGUGGAGUUCCCUCCCUCCUGAUCCUCCCAAGGAAACACUCCCCCUCUUUGAGGUCCCCUUCAAUCCUGUGAAGGUUGAAAAGCCAGUGCCUCCCCCGACCCCUCGACCAAAUCACUUUGCUAAUGUUUGUGCCCUACGGAGACAGAGAUCAAAUGUGUCCAACAGAAGUACCGAGUGCCUUGCUGCCAUCCUGAGCAGACGUGCUGCUAGCAUGGACUGUGAUGGGCCAGAGAAUGACACAGCAGCCAAGAAACUCAGUAGAACGUGGUCCCAGCCAAUUGACACUUCCCAAGUUCGAGCUAGAGUACCAAGUGGAGAAAGUGGUAUGAGUGUAGAUAGAAUAAGGGAGGAAAGUAGUUCACCAGAGGAGAGUCCAAGCAGGAAUACAAGAAAGAUUAGGAACCUGAGGGAGUUCCAGCUUCUUACUAAAAACAAAGAUUCUGAUAGUGAUAGUAAUCCCAGCUCACCGUUCAAAGAGAAAGCCACUGUUAAGAAAAGCAAGGAUACCAACUCUAGACCUCCAGUGUUCUCUGAUACAAAGGUGACAAGCAAAUCCCGAAGGUGUUUUUCAGACUCUGAUGCCGAUGUUGGUGUUCCCAUGUACUCUGAUGGAGGAGAGGUGGAUGUUUGGCAGAACCCUGUUGCCACACUCUCCCCUGAAGUAGAUCAACAGUUACAAAUCAUAUGUCAAGAGGAACAACCCACAACUGUUCAGCAGCUCAUCCCCAAAGCUAAUGGCAGCCACAAGCAGUGUGAGGAGGAAGGAGAGAACCCAAACACCAUGACAUCAAGUGUCAAUUCUUGUGAGGAAGUGACAGAAGUGACUGGCUGGCAGGUGACUAUGAGUGAUGGUGGCUCCCCUCAGGUCACCUCACUCCUUCCUCCUGAAGAGUUUGGGGGGGGCAACCCCUUCCUUAUGUUCCUUUGUGUAACUCUUUUAUUGCAGCAUCGUAACCAUAUAAUUAAGAACAAGAUGGAUCAUAAUGAACUUGCCAUGUACUUUGACAAAAUGGUGAGGCAGCACAAUGUGACUAAAGUUUUAGCGCAUGCACGCCGCAUGUUUGAGAACUACCUCAAAUUAGAUUUUUCUAAGGCUCGCUCUAAAACCACUCCCCCCGGCUCCUCCAAUGACCACUCGUGUUGAUUGUGGAUCUCUAGGAACAUGACGCAUCAAUAAAUAGUAAGUUGCCAAUUACAUUUCUAUUCUGUAUGUAGUAUUUUGCAGACUUUUUUUUUUCUUUUUGGUUAUAAACUUGACACAUUGCCACUUUUUAUUAGUCCAUGAUACAUGCAUAAGUGAGUCAUUCAGGGGACUUAUGAAUAGUUUAGAAGUACUUUAAUUGUUCACAUUUUCAUGCAUUAUUAUUCAAGUGCACAAUGUUUAGCUUUCAGAAAAUAUUACUGACUUUUCACAUAUCAAAUGCACAAAAUGUAAAAAUGCAUUCAUUUGAGAACUUUGGGAGAAUAACUUCAUCUUUGAAGUCUCACUUUAGUCACCAAAGACAUGUUGCAAUACUUACACAAGUAUUUUUGAAGUGCUUCUGCAUGUCACUAUAGUUAGUUAAAAAUAAAAGUAAGAUUGCUGUUCAUAGACUAACACAGGAAAUGCAUUGAAGCUGCAUAGCUAUUGUGCAGAUCAACAAAUUUAUUAAAUAGUGAACAUUCAUACAUUAUCAGGGUUGUAUUGUAUCUCAUAAAUAAUGAAAUUAUGCAAUGUUUUACCAUGUGAGUCUGGUUUGUGUUGUAAAGGUACGGUACAUAUAAAAAUGCUUCAGUUUUAUUUAUUUAUUAUUAUUUUCAUUAUUGUCAUUGUUAUUAUGAUUAUGAUUAUUAUUAUAAUUUGUUUAUUUGUGUGUGUGUGUGUGUGUGUGUGUGUGUGUGUGUGUGUGUGUGUGUGUGGUGGUACUUGAAAAAGGGAUUUUUUUCUCCCUUCCACCUCGUCAUGAGCCAUGUGGUUUGUUGUGCAUUCCUGCAAUGCCCGUGAACAAACAUUGUGCUUCCAUUACUUGUUAAUGGUGGUGGGCUUUAGUUUUGUAUAUUUUGAAACAGAACUCUUACUACAAAAACAAGUAAUUUACCACCAUUGUACUGAAACAUAAAAUGCUGCAUAAUUGAAAUUGUUUAUAUUGAGGUUUUGCAGCAAUCAUUAUCUGACUAUGUAAAAAUCUGAAGUUGGCUUGAAGGUUGCAAUAGAGCAGAAAUGACCUCAAAUGAAAUGUGGAAAAAAUAUUAAGAAUGUAAUGCAAAUGUGAAUCAGCAUUCUUAGUACAGGAACUUUCAUAUUUGACCCAAUGAUAGUGCAAGGGAAAAAAUGAUCUGAGGGAAUUAUGCUGCCUAAAAUGUUAUUAUGAGAGUUCAUAUAUUUCUGCAAGAAGAGGCUGAAUGGGAUCUUUAAGAAGUUAUGUGGAUAUGAAACAUGGUAAUGUGUGAAUUGAUAAAUGUUUGUUGUAACACUGAAAGAUGUUGCUAAAAUAUAUUAUUAAGUGCAUUGAUAAUGAAGGCAAAAUAGCAAGUGAUGGCAAUAGGCGUGAAACUGGAGGGAGACGCUGCAGUCAAAAUAAAUAGCUCUGUGUUCUGAUUGGUCUGUAUAAUGCAUGGUGAUGCAGUCUAGUACAGAGUGCUGUGAGAUAAUUUAGUUUACUAUAUUUUGUAAAAUACCACAACAGGAGAUUUGUAUCACCAAACAUUGAGAAAAAUUAACAUUAUUUCUUCAUGUACACAAGGCAACAAAGGCUAAGUAUUUGUCUGUAGCCAAAUGGAGCAAAGCAUGGUUAACUCAUCUCUACUCAGCUCCAUGUUUCAUGUUUCAGUACAGGCUGCUGGAAAUGGAAGAAAUGGUGCUUUUCUCUCAGUCAUUUUAUAGCCAUUGUGCCUCCAGUCAUCAAAUUUUCAUUCCUGGAGGCAAAGCAUAACCUAAGAAUGCCUUGAUAGUUGUUCCUUGGCAUUAAAAUCUUGUUUUAGCUUGGAUUUAUAACUUUUGUACAUCUCAUACCUUGUUUUUGUUACCCUUUGAAAGCUUGACUUCAUUUGUGAUAUUUAUUUUACCAAAGAAGCAUCUACCAAAUAAAGUUGAAUCUUCAAAAUGAAUAAUCACUCUUCAAGGUCAUAGUGCUCUGUCCUUAUAUAUGAUUUUGUUCCUUUUCUCUGCAGUCAUGAACUUUUUUUUUUUAUCCUCUAGGAGUCUAGGCUGUUCAUAAGUCCUCAAUCUAUGUAAAGCCAAUAUCUAAACUUUUGCUCACUCCUCUGAAAUGAACUAAAUUUCCAAUAUGCUUAUUAUAUAAGUUUCAAGAGAGCGAAGUUUUGUAACUGAGGUGGUGAAAGUCUGCUGAGGGGGGGCUUGUUAAUCUGCAGGGAAGCCUUGCCCAAGUCUGCACUAGGGUUCUCUUGCAUGCACACACCACAAUCAGAAUACUCACCCCCUUAAUGAAUGUACAUAAUCCAGUCAUAUAGGUAUUAGGUAGACUUGUUUUUUUUUUAAGACAGUUACCGUGUAUAAGCAAGACCUAGUGAUAUAGUUGAUAAUUUCUAAAUUGCUUUAUGGAUCUUAUCACUGUGAUGCCAUUGGUGGUGAUACAGUAUUUUGUGUAUAUGCAUUCCUCUAAUUUAUGUUUCCUAGUAACAUUCCACCAAUUAAGUAUAUACAUAAGUUUGGUUGAGUGGUAAGAGUGGUAAAGGAAUUAAAGUCAGGUGUUGGGUUACCUCCUUGUUUUAAAUAUAUAUUUUUAUAUGUGAGCCUCCUCUUCAUUUAUCUUUCCAAUUCUCAUAUGGAAGUGGUGUGUGGGGAUUUAUAUUGAAGGGUUGAUCUUGAGUGAAACAUUUAUAUGGUUUGAAUUCCUAUGGUUUCAGGUUCACCAUGUAGCCUUAAUGUCUUAUUGGAUUGUGUAUUUUUAUUUCUGAUGUUAAUAAAAAAAUAUCUGCAUUAAAUAAUAAUAUUACUAA